AUGGCGGAUACGAAGACUUCGGUUGUCAUCAAAUACUCCAAACCGGGAGCUGCCCCACCGAUAUAUCUUGCUGGUUCCUUUCCUGAAUCAGUAUGGCAGCCCCAGGAGAUGGAUUAUACAAAUGAUUCGGAUCAUUAUGUAUUCUCCAAGGCAGUCGAGGUGGAACAGGGAAAAGAAUAUCAAUAUAAAUUCAGGAUUGGUAAUGGGGAUUGGUGGAUGUCGGAUGAAGAUGCACCAACUGUUACCGAUGAGGGUGGGAACCAGAAUAAUCUUCUCACAGUUCCAAUCAUACCUCCUUCACCAUCCAAAUCCACCUCCAACGAAAAAUCACAUGAAGAAAAUUCAACUCCUCGCACAUUACCUGACUUUGACACGAAGCCAUCAACAAUGGAAACUGUUAUAGAGCCAACUCAGCAUACUGAGUCCGAGGAAAAGCUUUCUGAGAGCCCACAUCCAAAGGCAGAUACAUUAGCAGACUCCCCGUUGGACCAUGGUGCCGAAGUCAAGCCAGAAAAAGCUGAAGAGACACAUGACGCAUCCCCACUUGUUGCUGAAGUCGACCAAGCAGUUAAGCCAGAAAGUGAAGCUCCUGCGGAAAAGCUUGAUCUGUCAAGCGUGCCAGUGGAAGAGCUCGAAGUCUCUACGGCAGGAAUUGAUGAACCUGAAAUCCUGGAAUCGCAUGCUCAUACAGAAACUGAGGAUUCUAAGAAGACAGAGGUUCGUGGCUUGCAACCAGAUUCAUCAGCUCAAGAAGCUAGUGAGGUAGCCAAGGAAUCUCCUGCUAGCGACAGCAAUGUGUUGGAACCUGAAGAAGUCACACGUAAAGACGAUGACGGACUCCAUGCCGAGACUGAAUCGAAGAAGGAUGAAGCUGUUAAAUUGGAAGAAUCCAUUCCAGUCACCUCUGAAAACUCAGAUUUGAACGAAAAACAGGCUGUUGGUGAGAGUGAAGUAAAAGAAGAGGCUGGUGCGAACAAGGAUGAAGUCCUCGAACACCAAGAAGAUCCCGUCCAUGUUACCAGUAAGGAACCAGAAUCGGAGCAAGAACCACAAGCUAGCGAGCAUGAGGCAAAAGAAGAGACCGUACUUACUCACAUGGAGGAACCAACAUCAAAGCCAGAACUACAUGCUAGCGAGGGAGAAUCAAAGGAAGAAACUGGCUUGGCGGUUAGUGACGCGAAAGUGGAGGAAAAGCUCACCCAUGAGCCUGAGACAAGCAACUCCGAAAACCCCAUCUCACAUUCUCCGCUCGCCGAUGAAAGCACUGAAAAUGUAGCCGAGGAACCCAAGAAGGAAGAACCCCAGAACCCUGAGGUUCCCGCUUCUAACACAAUUUCCAAUGAAAGCAUUGAAAGUACGGCAGAAAGCUUUAGCCCAGCGGAACAAGUUGUUGAAGAGAAAAUUGACGAUGCACCUAAACAAGAGCACACGAUCUCGGAACCUAUUGUAAGUGAGGAAUCAACCGAAGUCGAAAUUACCACCUCUGUCAGUCCAAGUCAACAAGAUGUUAGCUCCAAAGCAAAUAAUGUGGAGGGAACUUCCACAAUCGAACUACCAGCUGAUGAGGCGGUCGUACUACCAGAAGCAAAUAAUGAUACCAAGCCUGCCGGCGGAGAAAGCCACGACCAGGAAACUGUCGAACAGGAUGAAUUCAAUGAGCCCGUUGACAGUACCAAGAGCAUUGCAAAGGACGACGAGCAGCCCAGCAUCUCAACUGAAGUUGUAUCGGCGCCCAUGGUAACUGUCGAAAAGAUUGAUUCUGAACCGCGCCUUGGCGACGAUUUCGGAAGUACCGCAACAUUUGCUCAAAAGGACGCACAUAUUUUACAUGCCCAGGAUGCUGUACCUGAUCAUGUCACCAUCAGACAACAAUCAACUACACCAGACCUUGCUAAUGUUGCUGCUGAGGUUGCAGACUCUGCUGCAUUACUUGAUGAAACACCACCAACUCCUCCCAUGUCUGAUAAAGAUGCUGGUAAGAUUGGCUAUAGACGUCUUUCGAAUACUCCGAUUCCUGAAGUCGCAGACACUGCUGCGGAGGUUGCUGAUUCUGCAGCUCUCGUAGAUGAAAACUAUAAACCCGAUGCAAUUGACCUGCCAAGCCCUCAGCCAGAUUCACUCUUACAGAGCUUCAAUGGCUUAGAUCGUGAUUUGGACAUCGAAACGCCAUUUGAGGAGCGGGCGCCACUUUUUGCACACGAGUGUAAUGGACCUCCUACCACAGAAGAGCGGCUAGAGUACGAGAGUACUCAGAAUCGAUCGGCAGCGCCAGAACCGAUGUUUCAAGAGUUCGAUCCAAAUGAUCCUAGCCUCGAACCAUUUCCCAACAAUUUCAAUCAGAUACUGCAACAUGUGAGAAGACUCUCAAAUCAACUGAGCGAAGACCAAACAGACGUUGAUGGAGUUUCGGUUACACCUGUUGCAAAUGGCAAUAAUCAUACAAAUGGCGAUCUACUAACACCAUCACCUCGAUCUCUUGCGCAAGAAAGCUCUCCAUCUUUGCUUCCAAUCGUGGAGGAGAAUGCGGAGGGUGAACCGGAAUCCAAACUAACUGCUCUACCGCCUAGUGUGGAAAAAUCCCAAAGUGAUGGUAACAUAUCGGAUGAACAGAAAAUAGACGCAGCUGAACAGAAGAGUGAAUUGAACGACGACAAGGCUUCGGACAGGGCUGCCCAAGAACCAUCUCAACUGCCAACCAUCACAACUCCUCGAAGCUCAUCGCCUCAGCCUCAAGCCAUGACACUUACCGAAGCUUCUAGCAAGCUUCAUCCAGUCCUACCAGCUUUACCCCCGACUCCUUUUGUCGAAAACAAAUCGCUUAACCUCACUGAAAGCCUUCAGGUUACUCCUAAUGCAGAAACCGACAAGGAUAGCCCAAGUAUUACGGUCCAGCCGGCAACUCCAGCCGAGAGUGUGCAUGCAAAGGUCAACAAACCUGUUUCUCAAGAGAAUGCCGCCAAAACCACCUCGUUCGCUGAAGAGAAUGGUGAUUCCCAAUUAAGAGCUCGUAAACAACCGACAUCUAGUGCACCGGACAGAUCCAUCACGCCUUCUUCUAUGCGCUCGGCCGGAGAUGACGCCAAAUCCCGCAACUUCCUUCGAGCAUUCUUCCAAGUAGUAUUCGUGGAUUGGAUUGGAGGACUGAUUAGAAAAUUAUGUGGUGGCGGACGUCACACGCUUGUAGCCGUGCCCGCAGUUCUCAUCGUCGUUACUGCGCCCGUCCUGUACUUGACUGGCCUGGCCAAUUUUGGGUUUGGUUCUUAG